GGUAAAUGAUUUGCGUAUAAACCCACAAUAAUCCAGCUUUUUUUCUUUAACGAUCGAAGUAUUCCAUUAACUCAAGCUACACUGUAGGUUUUGGAUUCAUUUAUUUUCAGCGUGGGACACAGAGGGACACUUCUCCUCUGUGACAGCAACACUCCUGAUGUCCUCUACAGGUAACAGUGAGCAAGAUGAAACCAGCAAACCUUCAACUGGUGCCAGGACCCUUGCCUUGACUGUCUGCUCCGCUGCCAUAGGGGGGACUUUCCAGUAUGGAUACAACAUCUCCAUCAUCAAUGCUCCUACCAGCUAUGUCCAGGUUUUCAUCAAUGAUACCUACAUGAAGCGCUGGGGGGCUGGCUUGGAGACCCCUCAGGUGACACUAGUGUGGACUCUCAUUGUGUCAGCUUUCUCAUUUGGAGGUUUGCUUGGUGCCCUGUUGGCAGGACCUCUGGCAGUCCGCUUCGGAAGGAAAAAGUCUCUGCUUUUGAAUAAUUUAUUCUUGUUCACUGGCGCUGUGCUGGUCCUUACAUGCAGGAUGGCUGAAUCGUUUGAGAUGAUCAUCUGUGCUCGCCUGCUGGUGGGCAUGAACUCAGGUGUCAGUAUGAACAUCCAGCCCAUGUAUUUUGGGGAAAGCGCUCCAAAACACCUCAGAGGAGCAGUGGCUUUUUCUUCUGCUGUCUUCACUGCAUUUGGGAUCUUCCUAGGUCAAGUUGUCGGACUCACUGGGGUUCUGGGUGCAGAGCCUCUUUGGCCCUAUUUGCUGGCUAGUAAUGCUCUUCCUGGGUUGAUCCAGCUGUUGACCCUACCCUGGUUCCCUGAAAGCCCAAGAUACCUCCUCAUUGACCGAGGAGACAGGGAAGCUUGUGCCAAGGCGCUUGCAAAACUUCGUGGUGGGGCGGUCCCAGUCUUGGAGAUGGAUGAGUUGCUUCAGGAGCAGCAGCAGCAGAAAUCCACAGCAUUGAAUUCUGGAUCUGUAACUUCUACAAAGACUCCUUGGUCCCUUUUUAAGAGUCCUGACUUGCGAUGCCAGCUCAAGACAGUGAUGGCAGCCAGUAGUGCCAUGAUGCUCUGCGGCAAUGACUCCAUCUAUUUCUACGCCUCUUACAUCUUUCUGGAAGCAGGGAUUCCUUCAGAGAAAGUCCAGUAUGUCACUAUUGGAACAGGGGCGUCUGAAUUUACUGCUUCUAUACUGAGUAACCUGCUGAUUGAACGGGUUGGCCGCAGGUACCUUCUAGUUGGAGGGUACUGCCUUAUGUCUUGUUGGUCCGUGAUCUUUACUAUAGCUCUAAACCUGCAGAGCCGCGGGGUGGCUGGGAUGCCCUACCUCAGCAUGGCGUGUGUUUUCGCCUACAUCCUCAGCUUUGGCCUGGGCCCAGCAGGAGUGACCGGGAUCUUACCAGCUGAAAUAUUUGACCAGUCAGCACGACCCGCAGCAUACAUGGUGGCUGGCUCGCUCAUGUGGCUCAGCCUGUUUUUGGUGGGGAUGCUUUUCCCUUUUAUUGUCAGUGGCCUGGGAAAUUUCUGCUUUCUACCAUUCUUAGUUGUUUGCUUGUUAGCAGCUGCAUUUCUAGGGAAGACUUUGCCAGAAACUAAGGGCAAGACACUUUCAGAGAUUACUGCAGAGUUUGACAGAAAGAAUGGAGUGAAUAGCGAGUUGCAAGACUUGCAGGUAAAUGAAACCACUGGGGAUCAAUACAAGCUGGCCAAUGCCUGCUCCUUUACUUCCCUGAAACAAGGCCCUGAUUGCGACCCUGAUCAAAAGAUUAAGGAAUGAAAUCGAGGUCAACCAGUGAUGUAGAUACUGACGUCUACUGAUGCCUCUGUGACGUCUUUAUACUCCGUGAGUGCAGCAUGGACUACUUAAUGGUUAAUAUUUGUGGAGUAAUUUCUCCAGGUGUACUAUUUAGAAGAGCUAGUAAAUGUGUAAUGGUCAUUCUUUGUAAAAAAAAGUUAAAGAACCACUAAGGCAAAAAUUUAGCCUAGCUUGGCCGUACAUUAAAGGCAUCUUCAAGCACCAUCUACAGUAUGGUUGAACAAAUAAAGGGACCUCAGUGAACCUUGAGUAUAAAAUAUAUCCUGUUUUUAGAGAUAAGACUCCUUGGCAUUUACCAGUAUGGCUGCUCAAAAGGCAUCCUGAUUGCUCUGUAAUGCGAUGAAUUAAGUAAUGUAAAAUUGUCUGUCCCACAAACGUCCACUCAAGCCAAAUGUACUAUAUGGACGGCAAUUGUAACACACUUGAAUUCUCCCUGACAGUUUCAUUUAUUUCACUGUGCCUGAACAGUUCAUGCAGUUGUGGUUUAUCCUCAUUGGUUAUGGUUAACCUUUGGUCAUAAAUGCAAUCAACUUUUAGCUUGUAGUUAUUCAUUGUCAAAAGUUCCUAUUCCUUUUUUUAAAACUAAAUUUUUGUAGUUAUUUAGUUAGAGAACGGACCAUGGGGGUGGGAAAAAUGGUUGCUGUGCAAUACAGUCAACAGAGAUAGACAUGGAUAGAUUUGGCGGAAUUUAUUCUCUUCUUUCCAACCUGUCAAGCCUGAUUUUUUCCUCUUUGUUGAAUCUGUUCAAGCGUCUAGUCCACGUCAGAAGACACCAUUUAGGACCUGAACACCUUUAAAUCUGUACGCUAUAUUUUGAACAAUGACACCUGAAACUGAGAUAAACAUGCCAUUUUGCUGAAGUGUUACCUCACUGUUAUCAUUGCAUUGCAUGAUAUGGCCUAAAACAGGGGUCAUCAACUAUUGUAGCAGUAUUUCCCCCAAUUUUUAGGCAAUAACAAUGAGAUCAACCCCUGCUACAGCCAGCCACAAGUAAGCAAUUGAGAUAUUCUAGCUUUAUAUUUCUGGGGUUGUCGUGUUAACAACCAUUAAACAGGAAACAAGUCUUUUCAUCUAAAUCUCAGGAAAAUUGUACUUUCUAAAGGCGAAAGUUGACACCAAAAACUGCAGAUUUAACUACUGUCGUUUCAGUGUCAUAUUUACUAAUGAUGGGUGACAGGUUAAUUUCUGUAAAAAUGGCUCAAAUGUUAGUCACUCCUGAUAAAACUGUUUCAGUAUUGAUCCUUUGUGGGGUUAACUUAGGGGUACAAAGAUGGAAGAUAACCCUAAAAACGACACUUUUUCUGAAUUUAAUAUUCAUUUGGGAGUCAGAUUGAAAAGUUUGGAGCCACAAGUUGAUGAUCACUGGUGUAAAACAUUGCGACUGGCUCUCAGUAUUCACUAAAGGGUUAGGGUUAGCCUAAGCUUAAUUGUUGUAUAGAACAAACAGAGGCAGUAAGAUAUAAACCAGCUCCAAGUUUAGUGUUCUCCAGUCAUAAAUUUGUUGCUAAAUUUUUUCGGAGGUAACCUCACAAAGCAGAUGGAUUUGCCAGACUGUUAUCAGGCAAAUCCAUCGUGAAAAGCUCCAAUCUACAACUAGAAACAAAGUUCUGAUCAAUCAGCACUAUUUGAGGAGAACAAGGCAGUAGCUACUGGCGAGGUUAAGUUGUACUGAGUCGUUAGCAGUGGCUGCCUCCAGUGUAGCAGUUAGCUCGAUGCAGCUAUAGUAUAGCAGCGGUUUUAUCCAGACUGCACCAGAUUUCUUUGUUUGAUAAAGAGCAGUAAAAGUUUUUCUGCCAACCUGCCAACCUGCCUCGGCAUGAGUGCGAUCAUUACAGGGAGGUGGGGGAGUCGGUAUAGCUGCUGGUGGAGCGAUUAGCUCCAGUGUAGCUUUAGUAGCAGCAUUUUUAUCAAAACUGGGCCACAUUUCUUUAUCAAAUGUUAUUACUAAUCCAUUACGGGUCAGGUUGAGUUGUACUGCAACCCAGUGUAUACAACGGCGGUAGUGAUUAGCUUAGAUGUAGCUGUAGGAAAGCGUCAGUUUAAGGCCAUACUCCGCAAGAACAGAACAAUGUGUCUGCUUUCUCGAGGUGGCAAGAGCAACAACAAUGUUAGUUCCUCAUAGGGCCCUCCCACUGCAACACACAUGACACACCCUAAGCAUUGUGUCAAAUUUCGGACCAGUCACACUGUAGUUGUCGUACACCUCACAAGAAGAAAAAGUUCUGCCCAGAUGAUGUGUCAAGAACAAGCUGCGAGAAUUGAAUGACGCCAUUUUUUUCUCACAGCUCUGGGAGAGAAAUAAAUUUCUCUGUUCUUGAGGCGUAUGUAACAGGCAUAAUGUAUGGAAGCCCAUGUCUGCCACUUAAAAAGAAAAAUGUGGAACUUCCUAAAUUUAUAACAUAAAGAAUCCUAAGUCAAAAUUCUGAAAUAAAAAGUCGAAACAAUUAGAUAAACUGUUGAAAUUAUGAGAUAUAAGGUCAUAAUGAUGAGAUACACAGUUGAAAUUAUUAGUCCUAAUAAUGACUUUUUAUCUCAUAAUUUUUAUCUCAUAAUUUCAUCU